CAACCGCGCAGGGUUGGGGAAGGCGGGCUAGUGGCUCGGCCCAGAAGGGUGGGGCGCUCGCACCUGCUCCUCGGCGCCAGCACGCAGGACGCGCGGCCAGCGGAUUGCUUGGAGGCGCUCAGCACAGGCAUCUUAGAGCCCCGAUGGCAAACUUCAAGGGCCACGCUCUCCCAGGGAGUCUCUUCCUGAUAGUCGGGCUGUGGUGGUCAGUGAAGUACCCCCUGAAGUAUUUUCAUCAAAAGGGGAAGAGGAACCAGCUGGCUCGUCACUAUCAGCGUCUUGAGAUCAUUGAGGCUGCGAUCAGAACUUUACUUCCGGUCAUUGGGAUCCUGGCAGAGCAGUUUGUUCCGGAUGGGCCCCACCUCCACCUGUACUCGGACAGCCAGUGGAUAAAGCUGAUGAACUGGCAACACAGCACGAUGUACCUAUUCUUUGCGGUCUCAGGACUCACCGACAUGCUCACCUAUCUCUUCAGCCACAUCCCCUUGGGACUUGACAGACUGGUCAUGGCUGUGGCGACAUUCAAUGAAGGUUUCCUCUUCUACCACCACGUCCACAACCGGCCGCCGCUGGACCAGUACAUCCACUCCCUCCUGCUGUGUGCCGUGUUCGGAGGGGCUCUCAGUAUCUUCGUGGAGGUGAUUCUUCGGGACAAUAUUGUGCUGGAGCUUUUCCGAACCACCCUCACGAUCCUUCAAGGCUCCUGGUUCUGGCAGAUUGGGUUUGUGCUGUUCCCGCCUUUUGGAGAACAAGAAUGGGACCAGAACGACCACUCAAACCUCAUGUUCAUCACCAUGUGCUUCUGCUGGCACUACCUGGCUGCCCUUGGCAUUGUGGCCGUCAACUACUCUCUUGUCUACUGCCUUUUCACUUGGCUAAAGAAGCACAGGGAAGGAGAAAUCAUUGGGAUUCAGCAGCUGAAGUCAGACCACAUUGCCCAGAAGGCCCUCUUGAGUGGCUCAGACGAGGACUGAGAAGCAGCCAUUGGUCAUAAAUGGCGUCCAUUUGAGCAGAAACAGGGAGAGUGUCCCCAGGGGCCGCCUGUCGCGGCCACUGCAACGCUCAUGCUGGUCUGUACUGCGUCUCUCCACACCUGCGCCUGCUCCUUGAAUUAGCCAAAGUCUGUGUGGGCGUGUACCCUCCAUAAAGAGAAAUGAGGUGAGCCUUCUCUGUGGCUCCAAGUGAAAUCGGAGACCCUAAAGCUGCAGGACAGGAAGUAGCCUCACGGAUGGUAUGAACCCAGCAAAACUCACCGCUUUUGAUAACACAUCCCUUUUCCUCCCAAGAAACAGGAACUUUCGUAUUAGAAAGUGAACAACAGUGCCUUUAUUGUACAGAUGCAAUUCUAACGUGUAUUUUUGCAAAUAAUUCACAAGCUUUGGUGUGUUAAACAUCUCCUGAUUAUAAAUUUCAGAGAACUGUAAUACCACUGCUGGUAAGUGACAAAGCUAAGCCAAAGGUGAUUUUUAUUUUUUAAAUCAGGAAGCUGGUUAGUGGCCCAGCUGGGAGCUGGGACCAGGUGUUCUGAGUCCCCCUAAGAGGAUGCCAACAGGACACCUGUAUGAUGAGGGAGAGAGAAAAAUGGCAGGUUAUGGAAGGCCCCGACUUUACGGCUAAACACAAAGGGUAAGAAUCCUGCAAAGAACGUGAAGCUUGAACUAGUCAAUACAAGUCUUGUCACUCUA